GCGUACUGGUGCGAAUCCCACCGAGGUCUACCAGGCCGUCAAUGAGGUACAGGAUACUGCAACCUAAGCCGCACGCGAUGGUUUCGGCAUCUCUGAAUCCUUGCGCCUCUUUACACCACCUACCACACCUUUUCACCUUCAGCCCAGAAACCAGGGCUGUAGAUGGCGCCUGAAUUCUGCGGGGUAGUGAGCAAACGGAUGCCGCUCGAUAUGCUUCACGGCGCUUUGAUGUGUCGUAUUUAUUUCCUAGCCUUAAAUCUGCAAGCCAGUGAAGCAAUAACAUCGCUUGAUAUAGUCCACUGCUUAUUCAGUUUCAAAUUUUAGUGUACGGGUUGCCCAUUUCCGUCGCUGUCAUGCCACGCCGUGUACAUGAAUCUCAGGCGUGCUACCUCUGUAGGAGUCGGAAGGUCAAGGUGUGUUGGCGUCCAUUUUGCCGCGAUUUGGUUGCUUUCUGCUGUCGCCGGCUUCAACGUUCAUAGGAUGAAAAUCUGCUAAAUAUAGCUCCCUUGUCUAUUCUCUAGUGCGAUCGAGGACGACCGUCAUGCCAAGUAUGUCUAAAGGCUCAGCGCCAGUGCCCAGGAUACAAGCCACCUGCUCCAGCUUGGUUGUUCCAUGACCAAACGCAGGAGAUUAGCAGGCGGGUGAGUCGAUUGAAAACAGGAAACAUGCCGUACAGAAUCUUGGCAAAGAAACAAAACGGAUGGAGUGAUGAUGCUCCGGAUGGCGCACCUGCGCAGUCGUCAAUCACAUCACCCAUUCGCAAUUCGCUUAGACUGUCCGUCACGGAGCUGGCAACAUGUCAUUUUCUUUCCAACUUCGUUCUGCUUCCUCGCUUCCACGGUGUUCGGGGUUAUCUUGAAUUUGUGCUUCCACUGCUAGUGCUCAAUGGAAGUUCACCGCCCAAAUUGCCACACUUCAAGUACGCAUUUGAAGCGUGUGCCAUGGCUUGCUUUCACUUCCGUGUCCAACGCGGAAGGACCUGCAGCCUUAUUGCUCGUGGACACUAUGUUAAAGCAAUAUCUGCCACAGCCACUGCCCUACAGGACCCCGAAUUGUCGAACCAAGACUCCACACUGGCUGCCAUCUUGUUACUAGGCUACUUUGAAAACUUUGUCGGCGAAAAGGCAGGCAUAGCGGCAUGGAGUUCGCACAUUGAUGGGGCAAUUCAGUUGGUCAAAGCGAGAGGAUCGGCUCUGAUGCAAACGCCCAUCGGCCGAGACCUUUUCUUGACUGUUCGCACCCAGAUGUUGUCGAAAGUAUUCAUAGCCGCAAGCGACCCGCCGAUGGACAUCAAUUGGUGGGAUACUGCUCUCGGAAGUGGCGACCACUUCACAGCACAAGCCCAGCAGCUCCAUAUUCGUGGAGCACAGCUUAGGCUGGAGGUCAUUCGCCGACUGGACAGCCAAUCUCACUCAAAGAGCAAUGUUGAGGCUAUAUCCGCCCUUGUUCGACACCUUCGUCAGCUAGACCAAGACUUCGUGUCCUGGGCAAAGUCACUGCCACCACAACUUUUCCGCCCGCGUACGGUUGCCUGGAUCGAUUCUGCUCGACACGACAGGCAUGUAAAUAAUGAAGGGUUUACAGGCAGAGUCGACUUCUACGUUGAUAUCAUGAUAGCUGCUCUCUGGAAUAUGUAUCGCUGCUCACGGAUUCUGUUAUGGGCAGUUAUUGUGCGCCUGACAGCCUGGGGCUGCAAGUCACUGGACUAUCGCACUACGCCGGAGUAUGCUACAGCCGCGACCACGUGCGUGGACAUGAUAUCCGACAUCAUUGCGUCUAUACCAUACCAUCUAGGCUGGAACCCUUCUAAUGGUAGGGCCACAUCGUUCCCGCAACACAAGCUAUCUUCAUUUGCAUGUGGUGAUGAGCAAGCGGCAAAGUGUUUGGGUGGCUACCUGGCCACUUGGCCACUAACAUGUAUCCUGGCUCAAGACUAUACAACUGAUAGUCAGCGUGCGUGGGUGAAAGGUAGAUUGCAUUACAUUAGCAAUGAUCUUGGUGUCCGCUAUGCCGACGGAAUGGUCAAUAUGAAACUUCGUAUGCCUUCGAUGCUCAUUCAACGCGAUGCAACAACGGCAGCUUACAAGAGCUUUGACAAUAUUCUCUCUGGUAAAGCAGCGCCCCUGGUCUGCCCACCAUUGUCAACAAAUAUAACAAAAUCCCCUUUGACCGCCGCCGACCAGAACUGACAAGAAGCAUACUAUUGACGGACAUGGAUAUAGGUGACAGACACAACGCAAAACAUUGAAUUAACCUAGUUGUGCUUGAUAAUGAUAAAACGCCGUAAUACUAUAGAUUAUGAAUAUAUUUGGUUUGUUCUCGUCCUUUCCAAGCUGCCAACUCAACAUCGUCGUCGCAACUAGGACUCCAGCCACGUAGAGUGUCGCUAUGGGUGGUAGUUGAGCCCACCAGCCCCAUGUGACGAAUGAUAGGUCUGGAUUUACUCGGUAGCUGAGCUCUAUACUUCAAUCGAUUGAGCCUGUCUACAACGCUGAAGCGACUCGUAGCUUGGCUGCUACCUUCCAACACAGACGAUCUAAAUCCAAUUGCCUUUUGAACCAUGAGUCGAAUCGUCGGCAUACAAACGCAGAUGAUUCCAAUAUUUACUUGUACACUGGACAAGUAGCAUAGUAAAAAAAAGUCUUGCGUUGGAUUCAGAGAUGCCACCUGGAAUUGGAGAAUCCAAGAAAGACGGAUAAAGCCAGCUAUGGUGGCUCUUACAGAGAGGUCAGUCUACAACCUAUGCAACAUGAACGAAAUACAAACAAAAAAGAUAGGAAAAGACUUAC